UUUUACGACGGAUACGACGCGCGCGAGAGGAGGGGAGCGUGAGCGUGCUCGCGGAUAGAGCGCCGACGUCGCUCCGAGCGCGCUUGGCGGCGCUGGAGCAGGCGCAAGACGGAGUGUUGGAGAUCUCCAGACGCACCGCGCGCGAGGUCUCGCGCCUGGGCACUCGCGUUCGCUUGACUCGUAGAGAGCUCUCGCCUCCGCUUCGCAAGGUCCAGGCCGAAUCUCUUGAGCACGCCCAGAUCCUCGUCGCCGCCGCGGAGAAGAUUGAGCAGCUCGAGCGCGAGCUCGGCGAGAGCCAAGACACGAUGAGCGGUCUCCACUCCGUGAGCUCCAAGCAGUUCGACGUCCUCUCCAAAGCCAUCGCCGAACUCAAGACAUCACAGAUCGAGCUCAACGCCGCGCUCGCCACCGCGCGCGCCGAGGCUGAGGCCCUUCGCUCCAAGCCGUACGAGCUCGCAGCCGAGCCCGCGCGCGAGCGCGUGGGCGCGCGACUCGCGAAAAACGACGCCUCCAUCUCUCGCGCCCUCGCCUUCACCCCCGGCGGCGGUGACGAGGACGAGGACGAGGACAAAACGAACGACACCGACUAG